AUUCCCGCUUAGACCAAUCAGAGCCCCUGUAGAUUCCUAUUUGUUUCAUUCAUUCUUCGUUUGACUUUCUUGGCUGAGAACGCAGUGCUUCCCUCUCUAAAACUGCUCGGGAUAUCCGAUUAGAAACAAUUCAGUUUCAGCAAAUCAAUUAUUCAAGAUGACUACUACCAUUAUAUUCAGUGGAAAAGAGGGCAAGAACUCAUCAAAAGUUUUAGCCCCACCAGGUGGAAAGAGCAAUAACAUCUUUGGUUUUGCUGAGGAGACUCCAGCCCCAGCUCAAGCUCAAAGGAGAGCACCCAGUCAGUCUCCAUUUGCUCAAGAUGCCGCUCCUAAACCCCAGGACUCAGGACCCGCUAAACCUUUCAGACCAAACACUACUUACAACCCACUUACUCACAGCCACGCCCAACGUGACCAGCCACCACAACAACAGGCACCACAACAACAAAGGGCACCACCCCAACAACAACAACAACAAAUGGCAGCUCCUCAACAGCAGACUCCUCCUCCACAGCAGCAGCCGCUGAGGGCAUCAACAUUGCCCCAGGAACCCAUCGGUAAUAACACGGAUGCCAAGACAAGCGUUAAGAUCUACAACCCUCCCGGUGGUAAAUCAAGCAUCCAGUUUUAACCUGACAGUCUUGAUAGAUCCUUCCUUCCUUCCUUCCACUGCACCAACUAUGUACCUGUCAUUAAGUAGCACAACUAGUUAGAACACACUAAGUUGACUUCUUGGAUUAUCUCCAUGCUAGAAUAAACAAGUCAUGGACAUCCAUCUGUAAUUAACGAAGGCAAUGUUUCACAGUCAGAUAACAUUCUUGGAUGGUUGGGCCAAAUAAUGGAUAUGAAAUUUCUUUGCUUUGAAUGCACUUAUUUACCAUUAUCUUAACUUUGACAUUUAUAAAUGUGUUGCAACAAUAAAAUCAAGUAGAAAUUACAAUGUAUGAUGGGUUGGACAUAACUGUCUUUGGAUGUACACAGAGUUAGUUUUAUUUUAAUUUUUUUAUAUAUUUUUUUGUUUUGCUUGUGUCAUUUAGAAUGGUAAUGAAAAUCAGGAAGUAAAGUAGAAAUCAAGAAGUAGCAAGCUUCAGGUUCUCAUCAAGCUUUCAUAUGAUUUGUUUGACUUGGCACAAAAGAAUAAUUGUAUUUUGUAAGUUUUCCAGAAGAGCAAAAUUCUUGAUUGAUCGCUAAAGGGAAGUCAUUACAUUCCGGCCUUUUUUAUACUGAUAUUUGAUAAACGGUUUGCAGAUUGUCUGGAUGGAA